AUGGCUGUGAGUUCUUCGUCCCUCGACCCUUACGCUCUACCUAAUGAUGAGCCUGAAUUAGAAAGAUUAGACUUCCAACACCGUGUGUGGCGCCUCUCCCUUGACGGCGCCCUCUACCUCUCCCCGCUCCCACCAUCCACCAACUCCGUCCUCGAUCUCGGCACCGGCACCGGAAUCUGGGCCAUCGAAUUCGCCGACGAAAACCCCUCCGCCACUGUUACAGGAGUGGACCUCUCCCCCGUCCAACCCCGCUGGAUCCCACCAAACUGCCAAUUCCAAAUCGACGACAUCGAAGAAGAAUGGACCUACCCCUUACCCAUUCCCGACCCAACCUCCGGCGAAGUCAGCGGAGCGAGAGGUCUCGACUUCGUCCACGGACGCAUGCUAAGCCUAGGAGUGAAAGACUGGCCCUGUCUCUUUCGUCAAUCCUUCACCCACCUCCGUCCGGGCGGCUACUUCGAAGCCCAGGAAUUCGAUCUAACCGCCCACUGCGAACCAGACUCCCCUAAACAAGGCGUCGCGUUUCGCAAAUGGAGCGAAAAUGUCAUCGGCGCGGCUAAAAAGGCGGGCAUAAACGCCCAAGCCUCGAGGCAUUUCGACCAGCAGCUAAGAGAAGCUGGGUUCGUGGACGUGACAUCUAAGCACUUCAGAUGGCCUGUCGGUCCGUGGCCUGAGGGGGAGAAUAGUAAAAAGGAAAAGACACUAGGUGUUUGGGCUCAGAGGAAUAUAGUGGCUGGCCUCGAGGCUGGCGCCCUAGGGAUGCUGAGUCGAUAUGAAGGGUGGAGUAAGGAACAGGUGCUUGAGUUGGUCAGAGAGGCGAGGGAGGAAAUGCUCGAUAUGGAAUUUCAUCAGUAUCUUAAUAUGUGA